GAGAGUGUAAAGUGUUCGUGGUUGGAAAGAAACUAAAAGAGAACAGAUAUCUCGAUAUGAAAAGUCUAAAGGCAAUAUAAUUUCUAAAAGUAUUCUCCUUUGAUAACCAUAUUCGUUGCCGCAAUAUUGUGAUACGAAUCUUCUAUAAGGGAUUCCUUCGUGUCUACGUAUUUCUCGAGGUCGUUCAGAAAGAAGCACCUCGUGAUUCUUCAAUGUCACGAACAUUUUUCUGAAAUGACGACGUGAGAAAAAAUGAAAUUAAAAAGCGUGGUCUGUGAAAUAGUGCGAGGAAAAGAAGGAAGAAAAAAAAAAAACAAGUCAUAGAAAAGAUGGGAUUACGAGCGAGAAAUAAGAUGUGAAAUAAACUUUUCAUAAAGAAAGUGAGGUUAGAUUCGAUCAACGUUGAAAGCACACGGAAAAUGUUCAACGCAGGAAGUCUCAGUGUCUUAUUAACAGGACUAUUGGUCAUUGUCGUCAUACAGGAUGUUUCGUCGUAUUCAAAAUACGGAAGAAGCUGCAAGGAUAUUGGAUGUAGGAGUGAUGAAGUCUGCGUGAUGGCCGAGGAUCCUUGUACGGAUUACUCAGAUAAAUGUGGUCGUUAUCCAACUUGCAAGAAAAUGAACGACAGAGAGACCAGUUGUGCGAGUAUCAUUUGUAAUGAAAAUGAUUACUGCAGAAAUGAAAAUGGCAUGCCGAAAUGCGUAAGAAAGGUAGCAUCAAACGGAUUCGAAUCGGCUGGUGUCGAUAUUGUGAAUGGUCAACACGUCAGCAGUAGCGAUACUAACAAACAUACGAAUACCAACACGAAUCCGUUUGCUAACGCGAAUGCACCACCAGCGCCCGCUGAUCCUAUACCCGGGGGAAAUGGUUAUCAAGUAAACUCUGGUACCAAUCUAGGUUAUCCUUCUUAUCCAAGCAAUGUAGGCACUUCGAAUAGCAACCAUGGUUAUCCACCAUAUCCGUCAACGAAUCGAGGAAAUCAACCGCAAACUGAUAACCUUGGUUAUCCUCCAUAUCCAACUAUGAACAGAAUGCCGCAACCUGGUCAAGGAUAUCCUGGUCAAGGUUAUCCUCCAUAUCCAGGACAAUCUGGAUAUCCGCAAACAGGCUAUCCACAACAACAGUAUCCUAAUGGUCAACGAUAUCCAGUAGGACAAUAUUCUGGAUAUCAGAAUUAUCCGAAUCAGAAUCAUCGUGGAUAUGCUUAUAAUUCAAAUUCUCCAUAUCAUAAAAAUGUACCAUAUCCAAUACCACCAACACCACCACCAAGAGCAUAUGGACCUGGCAGAUCAUCUGGACGUUCUGGAUCCAGAAAUACUAUCGGUGAUAAUUCUAUCUGGAAUCGAUUGUUUGGAGAUGAUCGUAAUCGUGGAUCUAAUGGCCGUUCGAGUGGCAGAUCUAAUUCUCAACGCACAAGAGACGAUUAUUAUAAUACUCACGCUUCCACUGAUAAUCGUGGCAAUAGAGUCUGGACUUUCUCUGGUUAAGAUAUAAUUUCUCAACUAAAACAAUUUCUUCUUUCUUAAAUUCUUAUAUUGCUUUCUUCAGUUAUAAAAGAGUAUAUUAUUUUCUUUAUAAAUAUUAUUCUAAUUUCUUUUUGCUUCUUUAUUAUGAACAUGCAAUAUAUAUAUACAUAUCUUAUUUUUAAUGUAAUCAUAUUUACGCAAUAUAUUAUUCAUAAAUAGUAAUAACAGAAAUUAUGAAUAUCUAUGAAGUACCAUCUGUAAUGAAAAAUAAAAACUUUUCAUUUCUCUA